AGCCCCAUGGCCCUCUUCACCAGAGGCAGCAGCCAUCCUAAUGCAACAGACCCCAUUCCCUGUGGGGCAAACAGCACCACAGAGCCUGAGCUGCCCCAUUCGCACACCUACUACGCCCUCUGCUACUGCAUCUUGAUCCUGGCCAUCAUCUUUGGGAACGUGCUGGUCUGCUUGGCUGUGCUGAGGGAACGCACCUUGCAAACCACAACCAACUACCUGGUGGUGAGCCUGGCGGUGGCAGAUUUGCUGGUGGCUAUUUUGGUGAUGCCAUGGAUGGUGUACCUGGAGGUGACCGGAGGGGUCUGGACGUUCAGCCGUGUCUGUUGUGAUAUCUUCGUCACCAUGGAUGUAAUGAUGUGCACAGCCAGCAUUCUGAAUCUCUGUGCCAUCAGCAUUGACAGAUACACCGCAGUGGUGAAACCAGUUCAGUACCAGUACGGCACUGGGCAGAGCUCCUGCAGGAGGGUCUCUCUCAUGAUUGUGAUAGUCUGGAUGCUGGCGUUCGCAGUGUCAUGCCCUCUCCUCUUUGGCUUCAAUACAACAGGGGAUCCCAGUGUCUGUUCCAUAUCCAACCCUAGUUUCGUCAUCUACUCCUCUUUGGUGUCCUUCUACCUCCCCUUCAUGGUGACCCUGCUGCUCUAUGUCCGGAUUUACCUGGUGCUCAGACAGAGGCAAAAGAAGCGAACCCUGACCCGGCAGGGCAGCCAGAGCGCCAGCACCAAACCGUGUUGUGCACACCAAGAACACAUGGAGAGGAGAGCUUUGCCAAACAGAUGCCAAGGCGCGUUUUCCUCCUGUCUCUCGCUCAAAUGCACGGGCCGGGAGAUGUCUGCAAAAAGGAGGUUGCUGACUGUCUUCAGCCUGCAGCGGUACCGAAGCUUCUGCCACGAGGGAUCCCUCACCAAGGCACCAGGGACUACCCAAAACAGCAGGUGGGAAGAGAGGAGAAGGAGCACCAAGCCAGCGGUGGAGGUGCAGAGGCUCAGCAAUGGUAGAACCAUCAGCAGCUUGAGGCUGGCACAGCAGCAGCCCCGGCUGAUCCAGCUGCGGGAGAGGAAGGCUACACAGAUGCUGGCAAUUGUCCUGGGGGCAUUCAUAGUUUGCUGGCUGCCCUUCUUCUUGAUUCACAUCCUCAACGCCCACUGCCCAUCCUGCCACGUGCCUCCAGGGCUUUACAGUGCCAGCACCUGGCUCGGAUACGUCAACAGCGCCCUCAACCCCAUCAUCUACACAACUUUCAACACUGACUUCCGCAAAGCCUUCCUCAAGAUCCUCUGCUGCUGACUGUGGGGCCAGGCUGGGCUGCACAGGUCUGCAGCAGCCCCCUGGGAGGAGAAAAAGACAGGGACAAGCCAGUGAGUCCCUCAGUGCUGGGCACAGCCCUGGUGUGCAGCAGUACAGCCACCACAGAGCAUCGCUUCUGGGAGCUUGCGGGGUACACAUGACCCAAACACAGAUGGCAUCUCUCAUCUCUGCUGCCUACAUGCUGGAAAUGCAUUUGCCCUCCCACAGCUGGAACCUCAGCCUGCAGAAGGCACCCAGCUCAUGCACAGUAAGAGGACAGAACUUGACCCCUUCGAUAAGGAUCCUGAUCUCUUCAAUCGGGAGCCAAGAGUGAAAAUUGGACAAGGAAACAGAAAAGGAGCACUGAUGGAGAAAUAACAACUUUCCUGUUGUUUUCAUCAAAAGGUUUGCCUGUAAAACUAGGUCAGUCUAAGUGCUUGAGAAAAUCACCCUAGUUGCAAAUGAAACCUUCCCUUGUGCUGCCAGCUUGUAUUUUACUGCUCCUUGCAAGGUAGAGAGGUGGCUGCCCUCCCUCUGGUAGGUCAGCUCACAUGAGAAAUAUGAAAUGAGAAAUGCAACACUACCCCAGGCUCCCCUCUCCUGCUGACCCAAGGACCAGUGAUAGAUUGGCCACUACUUAACUACCACACACCUCAGUGAUUGACUGGGGGCACUGAGAACAAGGCUCUUGAUACCUGCCAUAGACUCAAACCUGUUUUUCCAGCUGGUUGCAUGCACCCUAACUCAAAACUUGUUCACAGUAUCUUUGGAACCAAUCUUCACCUGCACCUCUCCUAGAGGUGAUGCUAGAUUUAGGGUUUGUACCAUCUGGUUGCUGCAAUAGCUCCGGUUACAGCCCA